AGGAAGAGGGAGAGCGAGAGGGAAAGAGGCCAAGCGGGCCGAAACACACACUCGAAAGCGCGAGAGACGCACGACAUUUCGGCUGCGCCGUGGCCGAGGCGAGCGAAACGUCAGAGUCCAGAGCAGGCCGGAUCGGAGCGUGCGAGAGGCUGCGCGCGCACCUGUCAAACGGCUGCCACCGCGGCGGCGGUGGCAACGGCAACGGCGCACAGGCCUCGGUCUCGCGAGGCGUAGAUGUGGCAGCGCCGCUACGGCCGCGGCGGCGGCGCAGCAGUGGACGGGACCGGUUGACAGACAGCUUCGCGUUCUUCCGUUACGGUGAUGUGUCGUCGUUCACCGCUGUGCAAUCGUGCCGUCGCGCCGUCGUGCCGUGUCAGCUCGUCGAUUUAUAAUACGGAGUACGGUCGCGCGUCUGCGGCGACGGUGGCGGCGGCAGCGGCGGCCAGCACGACGACGACAACGACGACGACGACGACGACGACGACGAGGACGACGACGACGACGAGGACGACGACGAGGACGACGACGACGACCGGCGUCCACGACGGGGUGCAGGACGACGGUGGCGCGUGUCGCGAUUAAUAAACGGGCAGUGUGUGGUGCUGUGGGGGCAGGGACGAUGAGGGCCGGGGGGAUAAUUCGGGUGACGACUUGAGGGCAGAAAUGUUGAAGUUCGGCAGCAAGAGUGACGUGACGGUGGUGCAUCGCGCCACUAUUCGACUGUUGGACGACGCCGAAAUUAUCCACUGCGACUUUCAGCCACAGCACAAAGGGCGAUACAUUCUCGAAUAUGUGUGCAAGCAGCUCAACAUUUUGGAGAUGGACUACUUCGGGCUUCGCUACGUCGAUCAUUGCAGACAAAGGCACUGGCUGGACCUAGCGAAAACAGCGAUAAAGCAGGUGAAAGACAUGGACCCGAUUCUGUUUAGUUUCCGCGUGAAAUUCUACCCGCCCGAUCCUCUGCGGCUGAAGGAGGAGAUCACCAGGUAUCAGGUUUACCAGCAGCUUAAGAGGGACCUCCUUCACGGACGUUUGUACUGCAGUCCCGGCGAGGCAGCGCUGCUGGCGGCGUGCAUCAUGCAGAGUGAACUCGGGGAUUACGAUACCGAGGCUCACGAAGGGAAUUACAUCUCCGAGCACAAGUUGCUGCUGAAGCAAACCGAGACGAUCGAGGAGAAGGCGAUGGAGCUACAUCAGACUCAGUUGAAAGGAUUCACGCCGGAGCAGGCGGAAACCCACUUCCUUAGGUUAGCCUCGCAAUUGGACACGUACGCGGUCGACCCACAUCCGGUCAAGGAUCACAAGGGUACGCAGCUCUAUCUGGGCAUUAACCACUGCGGGAUCCUGACGUUCCAAGGCUCACGGAAGACGCACCAUUUCCGCUGGUCGGAAGUUCAGAAGAUCAACUACGAGGGCAAGAUGUUUAUCGUGCAUUUGACGAUAAACGAGGAUGUGAGGACGAAGAAAAAGCACACUGUUGGGUUCAAAUGUCCCACGGGGUCGAAUUGUCGCCACGUGUGGAGAUGCGCCAUUGAGCAGAUGCUGUUUUUUACUUUGCCGAGAGCGUCGGACGCGCCGGUAGUGAGCGGCGGCUCCAUCUUCUCAUGGGGCACGAAGUUUAAGUACACCGGGAGGACUGAGAGGGAGGUCCUGGAGGAGACAGGACCGCUCCGGAAGGAAGAGCCGCUGAUACAACGCUGCCAGACGACGUGUUUGCGAAGGAAGGCCAGCAGUGUGCCGGCCACUCCCAGCACGCCGAGCCAGGACCUCGUCGAGAUACGAUAUUCCAGCCUGCCGCGUAGCUGUCACAGCGCGGGCCUGGACGGCACCGGGAUGCUGGAGGGCGGCUCGGGUGUUCCCCUCAGCUCCCCCUACUGUCCAGACAAUACCUUGCCCCUCCUGGAGACCGUAUCCGAGGACCAAGAGAUUCACGCCAGGAGAAACAAUGCCGUAGACGAACAUGAUACGCAUGCGAGUGCCACCCACACGUCUACUACUACUACUACCACCACCACCACCACCAUCACCACCUCCAACACCACCACCACAAACCGCGCGAAAGCCAAACUGAAAUUUCCCAAGAGCACGCUGAACCGACCGCAAGCGUUGUACAGUCAGAGAAUAGUGAUAGGCUCGGAGGAGCUGGCGGGCCGCGACAUCGAGCACGUCGUACGGCAACGUAUUAACGCCCUGACUAACGACCGGAGCCCGAAGGUGGUGCGGUCGACCGCUCUGAUAAUCAAGAGCUCGAAGGCGCCGGCGAACGCCAACGGACGUUCGCUUUUGGCUCGCGACGAGCGCGACGGUAAAACGCGCGUAGAGGUAAGCGAGCUCGGCGGAUGGACUGCUACGCCGACGACGACCUUGGCCACCGCCAACGGUUGCGCGAACCUGGCUAUGGCCGGCUCGGGAUUGUCCAAUGGAUUCGGUCGCUCGAACAAGCGACAAGGGCCGCCAGUCGGUCAGCACGAGGGCGAGACGAACGACUAUUACUUUAGGGACUCUUUCGACCACUCCUCGUCGGAGAGUCAGCUGCUGGACGCGCCCGGUGGCGGCAAGCCGCACAGCCGCUCGGUCACGCCGGUACCGAAGGUGCAGAAGCUGCAGAACUCCAAGCUCUGCCUUCAGCAACAGCAACACCAUCAGCAGCAGCAGCAGCAGCAGCAUCUGGGUCGUCGCGCGAACGGCAAGCUCAGACACCAAAGUAUGCGCGUGAUCAGGCUCUUCAUACCGGCGUUCAUGCUGACGAUCACGGUGCUGUUCAUCGUGACGGUGCUGGUGUUCGAGACGGACACGACGCUGUUCAACAGCCUGCGCAAAAUGCCGGAAAUGGUGGCCUUAAGGAGCCAAUAUUACGUUCCGAUCAAGGAGUUCCUGCGGACCAAGCUCGGCCUAUUCUGAUGCGACAAGAUGACCGGGCCGAGAUCGUCCUACGUCGUCGCGUAGCGCUCUCUCCCUUCAGUGCCAAGUCGCGGACGGAUUCGUGACUGAGAGAUACGGCCCUAGUCGCGGGAAAAAGGAACGGACGCGCCUUUCUCCCUUAUCCCUCUCCCCUUCCGCUCAUCCCCCCCCCCAUCCCACCCAAGCCUCCCCCCGGCCUCUAGCUCACCCUACUAACCAACUAACCAGCCACCUAGCUACCCUCCGUUGCGCGCCGUCGCGUCGCAGCUUGGUCGCACGAGCGUGAGUGCUUCGGACGCGAGAGUCGAUCGACAGAGAAACAGAGAGAGAGAGAGGGGGGGGGGGAGAGUGCGUUGCUCGAAGUUAGGAACGGUCGGAAGAGGAAGAGAAUGAAAAACGAGGAAUAAAAUCGAGAGGACGAGGAGGAGUCGAUCCGAGCGAUCGUAAUGUCGCGUGCAGCUUUCGACGCGCAAGAGAAAGAGAGAGAGAGAGAGAGAGAGGGAAAAGCCGGAGAUCGCAACGGUUAUAAUUGAAUUGUGUACGAACAGGGAGAAAGAAUGUACACCGGCAGACGGUGUCCCAGCCGUUCGUCGUCCCACGUACGAUGCUUCUCAACGACUGCUUCUCACCGAUCCUCCUUGUUUCCUCAUUUCUUUAAUUUCUUAUUUUUCUUCUUCCCCGGCGAGAACGGAGCCGACGCGACCGACGAUCGAGUCGGCGGGACCUCCCCGGCCGAGCGAGCUCGGUCGGUCUCCUCGACGGCAAGAGAGCGAUCGAUUUGCGAUGGAAUAUUUUGCGAUACAUACAUAUAUGUAACGGUAACACUAGUGCGACGUUGGUUGAUGGAUGAAUGGCCUAUCGUGUUAAGACUAUGAGACGGACGACGUUGGUUGGGUGACUCGCGGAACCCGCAGAUGAAUAUACGCGCGCUACGCACCCUGGCGUAAUAAUCAUAAUAAACAGAAUAAAGGAAAAAGAAGAAGAAUAUUUUGACAUUGAAGAGACGAGACGUGGAGGAGCAUACAGAAGCGGAGAUGUGUAAUAUAUAUGUGUGUGUGUGUGUGUGUGUGUAUAUAGGGUGUCCGGGAUCUUGUGGAAACGAAGAAUUGUGAAGAUUAAUCGAAUGAAACUGAGAGAAGAAAAGUCGCGAGUCAUUUUACAAAAAAGUCGCAAUAGUCACUGAGUUAUCAAUUAUUGAAAAUGACCCGAAGAGACUCUCUUAAUUGAUGAACUUGAACAUUCGCCUACUUAUUCGCAAAAUGAUACGAAACCUUUUCAAAAUGAUUUAAUUUACGCUGCUACAUGACGGCUAUUGUAUCUAGCGAUAAGUACAGGUACAUAUUGAACUUCGAACCCUGUCGCUGUCGAAUCUUGAACCUGUCGCUAGGUACGAUAACUAUCAUACAAUUGUAGAUCAAGUCAUCCUGAUAAAAGAAGUCCUUUACCACUUUGCAAAUUCAGUCAACUAAAAAAGCCUCUAGACGUGGUCAUUUUCAAUUAUCGAUGACAUAACAACUCUUGCGAUUUUUGCAAAAUUGUACAUGACUUUCCUUCUCACAUUAAUCUUCGCAAUUUUUCGUUUCCAAAAGAUCCCGGAUACCCUGUAUAUAUACACACACACAUACACACACACACACACACACACACACGCGUGCGCGCGCAUAUAUAGAGACGAUCCCGGCCGUGCCGCGCGUUAUUCCGCGUCGGCGGGUGCUCCCCCCUCCCCCCUCGAGCGGCGGCCCGGAACGGAUUCCGCAUCGUGCCCGUCGCGCAGCGGAAUCGCGCGCGGCCACGGAAUCGCGCGCGGCGCACAGCCGGGAACAUCCUGUGUACACAUAGAUCGCUGAAACGAGAGAGGUGACACUAUUACUCAUAGGGACUUUAGGUUAUUUUAAACGGUCAACGAAGAAGCAAUUGUUUCGUAGAUAAUCGUAGGCUAAUACAUACGCGCAGCGCGGAGAAACGCGCGCGGGGGGAGAACACCGCAGCGUCGGACGGCGGCAACGCGUCGAGCCCGCGCGAGAGAGAGAGAGGGAGAGAGAGAGAGAGAGAGAGAGAGAGAGAGAGAGAGAGAGAGAGAGAGAGAGAGAGAGAGAGAGACUUCCUGCUGGAUUGCAUUCGCUGUCGAUUCCCCGUUCUUACGACCGCGGCCGUUCUUAGUCGCGCGAGCGUGCCUGUGCGGCUGCGAAAACUGCAUAUUUUUGUAUAAACGUAGACUUUUUAUCGUAGGCAGAGGCAAAGUGAGGGGGGAGAAGGGAGAGGUGAUAGGGGGGGGCAAGGCUAAAAUCAAAAUAUUGUUUGGCACACGCGGAUAUACGCGGAGGGUUCUCUCUCGGAGCUUCUAGGUACUUCGGGUGUCAACGACAAAAUUGUGCGAAAUAAUUAUUAUCCGAAUACAUAAAUCAGCAGCGCGAUUGUCUCCUCUCGUCGGGUUUUGAACCCCGUGAAAUUGCAGUUACGAGGCGACGAUUCCUUGGUUGUGAAAUUUUCAAGAAGGCUGCGCUGCGAAUAUCCGUCUGCCCGGCUGCGAGUUUAUUGUAAAUUCGGGCCCGAUCCGGCUUUGGACUCUCGAUGUCUCAAUUGUUUCUCGGAUUCGAGCCCGAAUUUCGAGGGACGCAAUUGUCCGCUGAGGUGAAUGCCCCGAUUAAUGAGCGUCCCGAUCGGCCACCAUUGUACCGUUUUCCUUAACAGCUGAUACUUCACGUUUAUCUCAUAAAUACACGUUCUUCAAAUUUCGAACAUUUA